GAGUCGAGAAAGAACAAUCGAACAAUUUUAUAAGAGAGAGCUCGCUUGGGGUUCGCCUGAGUAAAUUUAUAAAAUUUUAAUUAUUUAAUUACCACAAUUUUCAAAAAUGAAGACUAGAAAAAUAGAUCCAACUUGUUUGAUUGCUGAAGUUUAUAAACGACCGGCAUUGUGGAAUGCUGAUCAUCAUAUGCAUUAUAAUCGUGAUGCGGUUGAUCGAAUUUGGGAAGAAUUAUCAGUAGUAUUACAAACACCAUUGGCAAUGAUAAAAUCAAGAUGGAAAGGUUUACGUGAUACAAUGCGUUUAGAAAUGAAAAAAAGAAAAAGAUAUAAACAAAAUAAACAAGCUCAUCGUCCAGUAUGGAGUUAUUAUAACGAUUUAAAAUUUUUAAGAAGUCAAAUAUUACGUCGUUCACAAACACUAGCAUCAACAUCAAUAUCUGAUGAAUCAAAUUCAAGCUGUAUAACUGAUCCUGAUAAUUAUGAAUCAUCUGAUUUAUCAGAUGAUAAUUCAUCAAAUAAUUUACACAACAACAAAAAGCAUAAAUCAAUUAAUAAUGAUUUAAAUAAUAAAAAAAUUAAUUCUACUAUUGAAAAUAAAAAUAGCAAAGUCGAUAAAUUAAUUAAAGAAUCAUCAUCAAAUUGUUGUCUUGAUGGUGCACCAGGUACAUCAGUUGAUGAUCCAACUGUAAUCAUGAUUAAAGAUGAACAUUCAAGUUUAAUAAGCUAUGAUUUACCUGAUCCAUUAAAUAACAAUAGACAAAUAAAUUUACAACAAAUUGAUAAUACAAAUUUAAUUGAUGAUAAUAAACAUGAUGAUGAUGAUAAUUAUCACUUUCUCGUUAGUCUUUUACCACACAUGAAAAAACUAACUGACGAAAGGAGAAUGUUUUUAAGAAUGAAAAUUCAAGAACUUGUUUAUCAUCAAGUUUAUAAUAAAUAACAAAUUAAAUUAUUAUUAUUUUA